AUGUACUCCGCCUCCGUAGAUGAUCGUGAUACGGAUUUUUGGCGGGAGGAUCUCCAUGAGAUGAUAUUCAGACCGAGAUACACAAGCUAUGCAGUUGUAGAGCGUCCACCAUUUGUUACACCUCCCCAAUCGGAGUCCGAAAACGCCGUGAGAUCCAUGGAAGAAUUUUUUCCGCUCAAGUUCUCCCCCGAACGCAUCUAUUUCAUCAAGGGUAAUCAAAAUUGCUGCAUCUUCUUUGUUCCGUCUAAUCGCUGCUGA